GGCCUGAGCGGAGACGCGGUACCGGUUCGAGAGGUCCGGAAGCGCCCGGCUCUCCCGCGUGUGGCGGCGCCUUCUCGCCGGCCAUGGCAGUCACCGACGGCGUGCUUCUCCACCUUUCCGACCCCCCGGCCGCCGCCUCCAGGACGUUCUCCGGACCCCGCAGGACUCGGGCGAGUCAGCAAGCACAGGCCACCAAAAGAAAAUACCAGGCGUCCGGUAAGGUUCCCCCAGCGAAACGGAGAAAUGACACACCCAGUCACCCAGCCGAGAAAACUGCUGAGAAAGAAAUGCAGAGGACUUUUAAGGGGAAGAAGGCACAGAAGGUGUUUUCUCCAAAGAAGUCUUCGGCUAGUGCGGCUGGUAGAAACCCAGAGCAGAAACCGAGCAUUAAGACUUCAUCGUUGUUUAAAAACAACCCUGAAAUUCCAGAGCUUCACAGACCUGUAGUACAGCAGGUUCAAGAAAAAGUAUUUUCUUCAGAUGCUUUUCAUGACCUGGACCUCCACCCACAUUUAAUUUCCACAAUAAAUACAGUCUUAAACAUGUCUAGUAUGACCAGUGUUCAGAAGCAAAGCAUUCCUGUGUUGCUGGAAGGCAGAGAUGCUCUUGUGAGAUCCCAGACGGGCUCAGGUAAAACUCUUGCCUAUUGCAUCCCUGUGGUCCAGUCCCUUCAAGCAAUGAAAACAAAAAUACAACGUAGUGACGGCCCCUAUGCUCUGGUACUUGUGCCAACGAGAGAGCUGGCUCUACAAAGCUUUGAUACUGUCCAGAAACUGCUGAAGCCAUUUACCUGGAUUGUGCCUGGAGUGUUAAUGGGAGGAGAGAAGAGAAAAUCAGAAAAAGCCAGACUUCGCAAAGGAAUAAAUAUCCUUAUCUCAACUCCUGGACGUCUGGUGGAUCAUAUAAAAUCCACAAAGAACAUUCACUUCGGUCGGAUACAGUGGCUGAUUCUGGACGAAGCCGACAGAAUCUUGGAUUUGGGGUUUGAAAAGGAUGUCACAGUGAUACUCAACGCAGUCAAUGCCGAGUGCCAGAGACGACAGAAUGUCUUGCUGUCGGCAACUCUCACGGAAGGGGUAGCACGGCUUGCCGAUAUCAGUUUACACAACCCAGUCAGUAUUUCUGUCGUGGAUGAAAGCCAUGGUCAGUCUAACCCAAAGGGCAAAGCAGUUCUUGAAGUCUCCGCUCCACAAGCUGGCGACGAGCUGGACAGCUUUGCAAUUCCCGAGGGUCUCGACCAGCACGUGACACUGGUUCCCAGCAAACUGAGGCUGGUCUCCCUGGCAGCCUUCAUCCUGCAGAAGUGUAAGUUUGAAACAGACCAGAAGAUGAUUGUCUUUUUCUCGACUUGCGAGCUGGUGGAGUUCCACUACAAGCUUUUCCUCCAGACCCUGCUGAGCAGCCCGGGGGCCCCGGCAGCAGGGCAGUUACCAUCUGGCUCCACGCGAUUAAAAUUCCUACGGCUGCACGGUAACAUGGAGCAGGAGGAAAGAACAGCGGUGUUUCAAGAAUUCUCCCAUUCCAAAACGGGCGUCCUUCUGUGCACGGAUGUUGCAGCUCGGGGCUUAGAUCUCCCUCAAGUCACAUGGAUUGUUCAGUACAGCGCUCCGUCUUCACCGGCUGAAUACAUCCACCGGAUCGGCAGAACCGCCCGCAUUGGCUGCCAUGGGAGCAGUCUGCUCAUUUUGGCUCCUUCGGAGGCAGAAUAUGUCAACUCGUUGGCUUCUCACAAAAUCAAUGUUUCUGAGAUGAAGAUGGAAGAUAUUUUGUCUGUUCUGACAAGGGAUGCUUGUUUUAAAGGGAGACGAUGGGGACACCAGAAACCCCGUGCCGCUGGCCCCCAGGAAAUCCGAGAGCAAGCCACGGUCUUGCAGACACUAUUUGAAGAUUACGUGCACUCCAGCGAGAGGCAGGUCUCCUGGGCAAAGAAAGCCCUGCAGUCCUUCAUCCGCGCCUAUGCCACCUACCCCCGUGAGCUGAAACACAUCUUCCACGUCCGAUCACUCCACCUUGGGCACGUGGCCAAGAGCUUCGGGCUGAGAGACGCCCCCAAAAACCUUAGUGUCUCGGCUGUAAAAAAGAGGAAAGCAAACCUGAAAAGGCCUGACCCUCAUAAGAAGACCCAGAGUAAACACCGCCUUGCUGAAAUCUUGCGUUCCGAAUACUCAAGUGGGAUGGAGGCCGGCGUCGCCAAGGUCAAAAAGCAAAACAAACACUCCGAGCCUGGAGCCGGGCAGCCAGCCGCGCGCCAGCACCCAGCCUGGGCCGUGGGAAAAAAAUAAAAAUACGCUCUCCGUGAAACAGAAAAAAACAGAAAGUCUUCCUGAAGGGCAGGCCUUCCCAGAAAGUUUCUUUUUUAACUCUGCCUCCGCAGGCCUGGGCCUCAGACUGGGCCUGGACACCCUGGUGGCCCUGGGCUGGUGUCCUGUUCUUGUCAGAGGAGCCGUGUGAGACACCAGUGCUGCCUUUGCCUGAAGACUGUCCCUGAGACAAAGCAGCCACAGCCCUUCUCUCUCGUGGGGAGGGGAUCAGGGGGCGGGGGUCAGCGAGUAUCAGUUAGCCGGUUACCCUGCAUCUUACAUAAGAUACCUUAUAUCUCGUAUUUAUUCCGUCAGUGACCACACUUAACCUUCACCCCUAGAUCAGACGGGGCCCCGCGCCUUCACGUGGAAGCCGCCUCCUGGCAUCAGCCGGGAAGGACUUGACCCAGCCUCGGAACGCUGGCCUGAGAAGUGCCCCACUUUUCCUUCUGCCCGCCCCAUCAACACCUGUGUUGCCAUGAAUUUUGUAAAAUGAGAUGUUAAAACCUGGAUCUGAAUUUGUGAAAGAAGAGAAAAAAGUAUUUCCCAGAUCGGUU